AUGGACACAGAGGAAGACGGCUUUGACUUCAAAAUAAGACCCACAAAGCCCCAAGUGAGGACUGUCGGUGUGUCUGAGCUGGACACAGAUGACGGAGCCUGGCUGGGUCUCACACAUGUCGAGCGAACAGUGGAGCUGCAGUCGGAUGUGAAACCAGCGGCGCUGGGCGGCCGGACCAUGAGACUGCUGCUGCUGCUGCUGCUCCGCUCCGCUCUCCUCUGUGCAGGCUGCAGUGAGCAGGUGGAGGUCCAUACAGAGCGCAGGGGUGUGAUCUACAGCCCGUCCUGGCCUUUAAACUACCCACCUGGAAUCAACUGCAGCUGGCAUAUCCAGGGCGGUCAGGGAGAGGUCAUCACCAUCAGUUUCCGUAACUUUGACGUGGCGGAUUCAGGAAGAUGCUUGGGAGAUUGGCUGCUGCUGACGCCUACAUGGAGCGGAGAGUCCAGGCUGUGUGGCUCCAUGCUGCCUCCUCCCUUCAUUUCCACCAGGGGGCGAGUCUGGCUCUACUUCCACUCCCAGGCCAACAGUUCCGGGCAAGCUCAAGGCUUCCGGCUGUCUUACAUCAGAGGUCACUUGGGUCAGAGCAGCUGUCAGUCAGAUGAAUUCCUCUGUGGGAACGGGAAAUGUCUCCCUCGCGCCUGGAAGUGUAACGGUCAGGAUGAAUGUGGGGAUGCCACGGAUGAACGCAGCUGCUCCCCUCCUCCCACUGAGGCCCAGCCUGGCCUCUGCCCCUUCGACUCCCUGCCAUGCACUGAGGCCCAGUCCACCCGCUGUCUGCCUGCUGCCCUGCGCUGCAACGGGGCCCGAGACUGCCCCGACGGAACCGAUGAACUAGGCUGCCCUGACACCACCUGCGGUAAACGUCUGGGGAACUUCUACGGAUCCUUUGCCUCUCCAGAUUUUUUCCGCGCUAACCGGAGCGCUGUGGCUGAGCUGAGAUGCUCCUGGUUGCUGGACACUCAGGACCCCAAACCCAUUGUGCUGCAGCUGGACCUGCAGCUGGGGCCCGGAGAUUCUCUGCAUGUCUACGACGGCCUGAUGCAGCGCGCAGAGCAUCUCUUACAAGUGUUGUCGUAUCAUAACAACAGGCGGCCGGCACUGCUGGAGUCCAGCCGUGGACAGAUGAGUGUCUUGUACAUGGCUCAGCCUCACAGUCCUGGACAUGGUUUCAAUGCCACAUACCAGGUCAAAGGUUACUGUUUUCCCGGCGAGCGUCCCUGUGGCAGUGAUCAGGGCUGCUACUCUGAGCGCCAGCGCUGCGACGGUUACUGGCACUGCCCGUCUGGUCGUGAUGAGGAAUCUUGCCCAAUGUGUCCAGACGGUGAGUUCCCCUGCGAGGGUGGUACCGGAGUGUGUUACCCAGCCUCCGAACGCUGCAACAACCAGAAGAGGUGCCCAGAUGGCUCGGACGAGAAGAACUGCUAUGACUGCCAACCUGGAAACUUCCACUGCGGGACGAACCUGUGCAUCUUUGAGACGUGGCGGUGUGACGGCCAGGAGGACUGCUUGGACGGGAGUGAUGAGAGGGACUGUCUGGCAGCAGUGCCCAGGAAAGUGAUCACAGCCGCUCUGAUCGGCAGUCUGGUGUGCAGUCUCCUGCUGGUCAUUGCCCUCGGCUGUGCCCUCAAACUGCACUCCCUGAGGAGCAGAGAGUACAGAGCUUUUGAGACUCAGAUGACUCGGAUGGAGGCUGAGUUUGUUCAGAGAGAGGCUCCCCCAUCUUAUGGCCAGUUAAUUGCCCAGGGCCUCAUCCCUCCAGUGGAGGAUUUCCCAGUUUACAACCCCACCCAGGCCUCUGUGUUACAGAACCUGCGGCUGGCGAUGCGCAGACAGAUCAGGCGUCACUCGACCCGGCGCUCCACCUCCUCGUCCUCUCGACGACGUCUCGGGCAUCUGUGGAGUCGACUUUUCCACAAUGGAGGGCGAACCAGAGGCCAUGCCCCGCUGCUAGAUCCCCCUGGACCCACACAGAUCACACUGGGGCUCCACAGCUACAGAACUGUGGGGGAGCAGGGGCCCCAGGACAGGGCCAUGCCUGGAGGUGGGCUCAGGGAUGAGGCUGAUGUGGGGGGCUCCUGCUGCUCAGCCACGGUGGACCUGGAGCCCUGCACACCAGAGAGCCCUGCAUCACCUCUCUCUUUCCACUCAGUGGACAGUCUGGAUGAAGAGGAACUGUCCCCUGUCAGCAGGGAGAGCAGGGGGGGCACACAGUCUGGACCUCCCACCCCCUGUCAGAGUGACUCUUCAGCCCACAGCAGACUUCCUCUCACCCCGCAGGAAGCCUCUGUACCCCCAUGCCACCGGCGGACAUCCAGAAAAAUGGUUCUGGAGCUUGCAGUCAACCUGAAGGGCGUUUCCUUGAGACGUUACUCACCCUUGGGGCCCCUGUCCCCUAUCUCACCCCCUGUGUUUCCCAGCAGUUCCCAGACACCAUCAGCCCAGUCUCACCCACAGUUAUCGGAAGUGGUGUCACCCAAUGAACCUUUGUCUUCUUCAGUGAAAGCAGAGGACAGUGACAGCCACUUCGCUGUGGACGGCAGGGAUGAGAGAAGGAGGGAGGGAAACAACAGGUUCAGCAGAACCCUCAGCGGUGAGGGGAGAAAUUCAGGGAGGGACACGCCAUGCUAA